AUGUCGAGUAAAAAUGCUGCGUCCACAAAUAAAAGUGAUGAAAAAUCAGUUCCACCGAUGAAAUAUGUUCAAAUGAAACAAGUCAUACCGAGUGAGAUGGAAAAAUUGAAAGAUUUGUCGAAAUGGCCAAUUGUUCUGGAUGUUGUUGGUAAUUUGAAAACAUUUUAUCGUAUUAAUGAACUUUGCAUUGACUUUCAAACUCCACUCACAGCCCAACGUGUUCAAUGUGCUUUACAAAGAGCUUUUUUUGGUCUCUCAUUUCAUUCUGAUGGUUCGAUCGAUGACCAUCGCCAGUUCACGAUCCCGCCAAAUGUUAAUCGAUUAAUUGCUUUGGUUAUGGUUGAUAAAGAUAUUGGAGAAUGUGUCGAAGAACUACGCAAGGCUUGUGCACAAAUCCACCCCGAUUUAUUUGAUGCAGUUUUCAGUAAGGCCGAUGUGAGUGAAUCAGGACGGGAUGAUUUAGAUCGUCUUUUUCUUCUAACUCAAACACCUGAUAAACUAUCUCAAACUGAUUAUUAUCAAUUUCAAGCAAAAACGCGAAGUGAAGUACCGCUGAUGUGCGUCUGGAUCAGUGAUCUGAUUGAAAUACCGGAGAAAUAUGAGAAUUUCUUUGGGCCACGAUUCAAAUUAACUUAA